UAAACCAUUUAAUCUCUACCCCCUCUCACUAAGGUGGAAUGGUUCAUCAAGUUAUUAGCUCUAUGGUGUUACUGACGGUAGCAUGCAUCUAACCACACUAUAAGUGUUAAGUGGUGCUAAUUGGAGAUACUUAGCGAAGUAAUAUUGGCAAUAUUGAGCGCGCGUUUUCUGCGGUUUAAAUUUCGUGGUGGUGUGAACGAUACAUUUAAGUUGAGGUGAACAUUUUUCUACAAAAAGUGCGAUGAAAUAGUGAGGUGCGAAUAUUUUGGAUUGGUGUGUUCCGACGGAGAUGCUCACAAUGUUGCUAAUUUUCAGAAGACGGACCAUGUCAUAAACCCAUUGGGAUCGAGUACUUACGGUGUCAGUAUGCGGCGGGUUGGGCUUUAACUUAAACUCGAAUGUUGGUAUUCGUAAAUCUAAAUGCCAUCAAGGACUUAGCUUGCUCCCACCUGUAUUAAAUCCAAUCAUGAUGCCACUCGCACCAACACCUAUCGUACAAGUGCCUUCAAAGCCAAAAAUUGGUUUUUCGAUAGAUUCAAUUGUCGGCGGUGCGAACCAAAUAAGUCCGCAACACUCGCCGUUGCAUUUAUCGGAGAGUUCGGCGCCCAUAUCACCUUCCAGUGACGUAGAAAAUAGACUGAAUGUUUCGCCAAGUCACCUGAACAGUUCGCCGCACCGAACGAACGGAUCACCUCAGCGAUCACCAAUUUCCUCGCCAAAACCGCCAAUAAUGGUACCCGGCAUUCCUGCUCACACACUUAUACGACCCAAUCCGACCUACGACCCGAGCAUGGUGCCCAAAAACGGAUUCCUACAGCCCGAAAUGAUGCAUAAUCACGGCGGGCAUCCGUUCGCACUCGCGGCCCAUUUUCAAGGCGCCGCUUUGGCCGCGGCGUUAAGUGCCGGACAACCUGGUUUUCCACAGCCAUCGCCGAUAACGACGCACGCGACACCUAGAGAUAGUUAUCCAUUAUAUCCUUGGCUUCUUUCGAGGCACGGUAGAAUAUUUCCUCACCGAUUUCCCGGGGGUAAGUCAAUUUUCAGUUUAACAAUACCGUGGUCCCUAAUCGGCCUGUAG